AUGCAUAAGAACACCAUUUGGUACGGAGCCGUGCUCUUGGUCGUCUACUUCACACUGGUCUUCUGCGAGGAGACGAAGAACGAGGAGCCACCGGCAGAACUGGAUAACCAAGCGGAGGACACCUGGGAGAAUCUCGGUCGGGAGCUGAUAGAGUUCGAAGGACGCACCCGUCGCCAUCGCCACCACAUGUGGUAUCGCCACCUGUGGCCCAUUGCCAUUGCUUACUGGAUCAAGGUGAAAGUGGUGAUCGUAUCCUUCUUCGUGGGCAGCGCCAUUUACUUGGGUCUCCGCUACUUCUGGCCUCAUGCCAGGUGCAACCAGGAGAUCAUCCUGGAUCAUCCUCCUUCAUCCUUCUCCCAUCACGAUCACAUUCCCUACUCCCUGGAUCACGAUCACUCGGAUCACUAUGAUUCCCCCACUUCCUUUGACUCCGGCGCCAGUUUCGAGCCCUAUUCCGGCUAUAGCAGCUAUGCUGGAUCGGACAUUGUCUCCGAUGUGCACGGCGACUACCACGGCGAUUCUCCCUCGGGUCCAGGCCCAACUGGCCCCGUGGACACCCGUCGUCGCGGCAGGCGUAGUACCAAAGAUCAGGCCCAUUUGAUCCAGGAUGAUGAGCAGCAGCAGGAGGAGCAAGUGGAAAUUGUGGAUGAGGAGAUUUCAGAGAGUGUGGCUCGCCAAAUGCCCGCUGAAGAGCAGAUUGCCGACUUCAUGUUCGCCUUCUUGGGUCUGGACUCCAAGGCCUGUCGUCGUCGCUUUGUCUGUGAAAUGGAGUUCCGUUCCAAGCUGAAUCCCAUGACCAGCAUGGCCUUCCGCAUUGUGGGCCGGGGUUUCUUUGAGAAGUACACCAAUGCCAGGAAUCCUGAGGCCAGGGCCACCAACUUUGGCGAGUGUGCUGCCGUUAAUCCCGAGUGCAUCUUCGUGGAGAACGAUAACCCCGAGGAGAUCCCAGAGACGGAGACGCAUCAAGAGGAGCAGCAACAGGAGGAGCAGGCGGCCACCGAGGAAUCCGCCGUCGAGGACUCCGAGAACGAGAUCAACCUGCAAGCUGAAAGGCGACAUGCCAAGCACAAGAAUCGCAAACUCAGCUCCGUUGCCGAGCACAUCCUGACGCAGUAGAACAGCCGUGUUAAACUAAUCUAUUUAUU